AUGGUGAUCAAGGACAAAAGAGACGGUGGAGGCUCAACAGUAUUGGGUUCAUGGAUCAGGUCGUGCUUCUUUGUCUUCUCAUCAGCUGGUAAAGGUGGAAAUGCAAGGAGGGAAACGUCUGUAUCAACCAGUUCAGGGACAGAGGCGACCAUGGUUGCCGCGGCAAAGCAUUUCUCUUCAGCACACAAAGUUCGGUUCCAUUAA